CACACAACCUCUCGUAAUGCGCCCCAUUUACCUGCAUGCUUCAUGUGAAUUUAACUUCCUGGUUGGUAUAAACAUGGCGUGCUGUACACACAGGGUGAGAGAGACGUCCAUCGUGUUGUUUGUAGUUUUUUCUCUGCAGUCCGGAUACACCACCACUCAUGAAAAGUAUAUCUACCUUAACAACAGCCAACUGAACUGGUGGGAAGCACGGGCCAGCUGCCAGGCAAAUGAAGGCGACCUGUUUGUUCCAGUGACAGAGCCCGAACCUUCCCCGUCUGUCCGGGACACGAAACCGGAGCACAUACUAUUGGCUGGGGGCUAUGAGGUAUUCGACUUGGAUAUGGACAGGCGAUGGUAGUCCUUUGUACAUAAACUCCAGGCUCAGUAUCCUUCCUGGUAAUCUAAAGGCAAACAUGACCUUUCCUGACAACUCCGUCUACAGAUGUCACCGUUACUGUGGGAGCGAUACUCAUACACUGGGCUUGAGUAGAGACAGGUGUUUUUGUCUUGGUGACAACGAUGACGUCUCAAGCAACGCAUAUGGGGAACCGUGUCCUGGAAACCUUGACGAAGUUUGCGGGGACGACAACCAAAUGUCGGUCUAUAAACGUCCUUCUGAAGACCUCGCAGUCUUAGUGUUCAACCCGACGGAGACUGGACAAUGUGGCUAUGCAAAAUUGAAAAACGAAAGGUUGACCAUUUCAUUCGAUAAUGGUGACAAUUGUAAGGAAGAACAAAGAUACGCAUGUUAUAGAGAGGGGAGAACAAGUGAAGGGGGUUACAGCUGCAGAGAUGAUGUGUGUGUUUCCAAAGAUUGGCGAAAACACACAUGGACGGAGGCAAAUGAACAGUGCGAUUUGGUGAAAAUUCACAGUUCCACUGUGAACGAUCUAAAGGCCAAGAUGUCAAGUAAUACGAAAUACUGGAUCGGUCUUGAUUACAGGCCAACUAGAAAGUGGAUAAUGGAUAUACCUUUCGGGCAGGAAGCAAGUAUAUAUGAUGAGCAUUCUUCAUCAGAGCCCCAGUGCCUAGCAGUGUUUCUUAGGACGUGGUACCCCCUUUUGUCUUGGAAGCCAUGCUAUUCUCUGUACGCUUCCAUAUGUGAAAUAGUCAAUCUAGUUGGACACAAAACGUCAACAACAACCAUGACAUCACAACACUCAUCAUCACCAGCUGCAGCAACAACAGCAUCUGAAACACCAACAUACCAACCAAGAGGAAAUGUUCCUACAUCCGAAAGCUACAUGUCUACCUCCACCAAUAACCCUGAAGUAGGACCGACUGAACCAGUCACAGCUUCAAACGGAACACAGACGGGUGUGUUCAUAGGUCUAGGAUGCGUUUUGCUUAUGCUCAUCGGCAUCAUUGUAGUACUCCUGUUGAUGAGACAAAAUAAACUCUGUUUUAAGAGGAAAGACAAGGAACAGUCGAUGCACUUUAACACGGCCACACAAAACACCACAUAUGAUGUGGAGGUACCUACACAAUCAAAUACCUCAGCAUACACUGACAUCACACUAGCAGAUAUGACUGACGUCAAGCCAAUGUCUUCCGCCGUGCCUAUGGCAACAGUACGACCUAGAGUUCAAAACUACGACAAUACCUUUCACUCAGAUGGAGAUGAGAAUGAUUACAAUGUCCUAUCACCGCCUGGAAAACAUCACACUCCGGGGACACCCGGGAAACCGAUCAACAACCUCCCAGGGCCUGUCAAAGGGGACUACGACACAGCACAAGCGUGGGGCCAACGGCAUGGGUCUACUGGGCUGAACAAGUCGGGACCGUCUGCUGCGACGAGAGCUCCAGAGAAUUGCCAGGGAGACAACGACGUAGUCGGGCAGCACGACUCCGAAGGAGACCUUGAGGUGUAUGACCAUUUGAGAGAUGGCGAGGGGGAUCAUGCCACCUCACAGCAGGGAAAGACUCCAAGAGAAAUUGAUGAGUCGUACAGUCACAUUGGGAGGACCAACAAGGGAUUUGAUGACAACGCUUAUGACGUUGCCAGUGCGAGGCAGACGGAGGACAGACGUGACGACACCUACAACCACACCGACUCUGUUGAUGACAAUCCAGGAGACACCAAUGACUACUACAACACAAGGUCUCUCUUCAGAGACAACAACGAGAGCCUUGGUCGACAAGAUGAGAUACCGGACAACACUGAUGUCUACAGUCGUGCAAAGAGAAUUUCUGAUGCAUGACUUUAAUAAUGCCAUUAUUCAUAGUUCCUCAGUUUCGUAAUGUUUGAUUUGAAAUUCAGUUUCAUGUUUUAAAAUAUAAUUGUCAACAUUUACCCAUCAAUAACAAAGAUUCAGUUGAUCUUCUAGAUUCCAUGGCCGUUGUAUGUGGUAAACUUUCAAAACAUGCAGAACACGGUUGAAAGGAUAAAUCUGAAAGUCCACUUUAUGGCCUUGCAGCCUAUUAAGUUUAAGAAUUUUUCAUGUUUUAAAUACAUGUGAAAAAACUGUACUUAGAAAUAAUAGCAGCAUGAUAUUAUAUUAAGCUUAACCCAGUUUAACCCAGAGAUGUAAUAUAUGUACAUAACUGUUAGGGUACUAUGUUGUAAAAUAAUUAGUAAUUGUUUCUGUAUUAGGUAUGUUAAACUCCUAUACUUUCAUACCCCUCCUGUUUGUAUUUUGUUGAUGUAUCAAAAUGAACGAAAUAACCAUGAAUAGUUUAUUCUUUUAGAUUUAUAUAUAAAUAUAUAUGUUAUGCACGAAUGCUUAAUAAAACAUAUGUCACCAUGAAA